CGGUAUAACGCACCCACUACUCCUAAAUCUGGCUCUGCCACUGGCCGCAGGCGGCGGAGCUGUUCCUCAGAACGCACGACCUCAACUUCGCCACCAGGCCGCCGAUGAAGGUUGCGGACUACAUAAUGUACGGCAAGAAGGACGUGCUGUUCGGCCAGUACGGCCCGCUCUGGCGGGAGAUGCGCAAGCUUUUCAUCGUGGAGCUCCUCAGCAGCCACAAGGUGAGCUCUUUCGAGUCCUUGAGAAGAGAGGAGUUGCGUCUUCUCGUAGAGUCUCUCAAACGGUCGGAGGCGGGGGCGGCGGUUGACUUGAGUGCCAAGGUGGCAUCCAUGGUGGAGAACAUGACUUGCAGGAUGCUUUUUGGGAGGAAGUACGACGCGGCGGUGGCGGCGGCGGGGGCCAUGGUUGAGAAGGGGGGUUUUAAGGCUGUGAUUGAUGAGGCGGCUCAUUUGGCGAGCGUCCCUAACCUAGGGGAUUAUUUUCCUAUUCUUGGGAAGCUUGAUGUGCAAGGGUUGGUUCGAAAGGCCAAAGUGGUGAAGAACCUCUUUGACCAAUUCUUUGAGAUGAUCCUUGAGGAGCAUGAACACAAAAGAGUUCCAAUAAUGGAUGAUGAACAUGAGGAGGAAGAAGAAGACUUUGUUGAUAUCAUUUUGGGAAUUUUUAAAAACAGAGAAACCUCCUUUGAGUUCACACGCCAACAUGUCAAAUCCAUUAUGCUGGACUUGGUGGUUGCUUCGGUGGACACAUCCACAACACUGAUAUUGUGGACAAUGUCGGAACUCAUAAAGAACCCAACAAUAAUGAAGAAGGUGAAGGAAGAACUUGGGAGACAAGUAGGGUUUGGUAGGGUGGUGGAGGAGAAGGACUUGGAGCACUUGAAAUACUUAGAGAUGGUCAUAAAGGAGUCGCUUCGGAUGCACCCUGUGGUGCCACUAUUACUUCCCCAUGCCGCCAUCGAAGAUUGUACCGUUGGCGACUUCCACGUGCCGAAGAACGCCAAGCUCGUUGUCAAUGUUUGGGCAAUCGCGCGGGACCCGAACGUGUGGGUCGACCCGGACUCGUUCGUGCCCGAAAGGUUUGAGGGGAGCAAUGUUGACUAUAGAGGUCGACAUUUUGAACUCAUCCCGUUCGGUUCGGGCAGGAGGAGUUGCCCCGGCUUGCAGCUUGGAAUAACCACGGUUCGCCUAGUGGUUGCCCAACUUGCCCAUUGCUUUGAUUGGGAUCUCCCAAACCCCACAAACGCAGACGCCACACGUAGCCAAGACUUGGACAUGACCGAGGAGUAUGGGUUGACUUUGAAUCGAGCCCACCACUUGAUGGCCGUUCCUAGUUACAAAUUACUUGUUUAAGAAAUAUAUAUUUGUGCCCUCCCACAUGCAUCUUUAUUUACUUACUAAAUAUGCAUCCCCCCCAUUUUUUACUCUAAUAUAAUAAUUUGUAGAAAAUAAUAAGAGAGAAAUAUUCUAUAUAUUGAAUUGGCUUGUGAAAUACAAAUUAAAGGAUUGAUCCCCUU